CACGCACACCGGCGACGCGUUCUCCAUAAGCGGGCGGCUUGCCGCCGUGCGUGCUUGUGUCUAGAACUGUGUUGCGUGGGGGUUGCCGACGGAGCCAGACGACCAGGCGAUCUGCCAGUGGAACUUUUGUGCCCGAACCGUGAAUCAGCGCAUCGGCGGAUUCGUUUGCCAUCAGCACUCAUCACCCUAUCGGAAUAUAACGGCGCCGUGAAUAGGCAUCCUCCGAAGCAACGACCGUUCCCAGGGAGGCUUGGCUGAGCGCGGAAUGCUUCGUGGCCGGUCCUGGCAGCACCGGAGCCUCAGGCAGCAAGACAACUCCCGGCCAUGACCCUACCGCGGCGCAGCGUGUCCUGAGAGCCAACAGCGUCAGCGCACCGCCGCCGCGCUGUUACAGCGCGGUGCCCGCAAUAGUUCCUCCUCGUCACCUCGCUCAGCGGUGGGGGCGCCCUUUGAAAGCUUCAGCCUAGUGCUAGCAGAAGGCGGCGUGCCUUGUGGUUACGUAGGCCAACGCGCAUUCCACAUCGCAACGCGGUGAUUGGUGGGUGCCUUACGUCCCAGGUGCGUCUGAGUGUUUGAUCUCUUGUGUUCGGCUACGGUGAUCCAUCGGUGUUUAGCGCCCUUCUAAGCCAGCGCCCAGUUCGACGCACCAGUAGACCUCGGUAUACGCGUGAUUUGGCUUUCGUUAGGCGCGCACGCAACGCACCAAGGGUACCUACCCAUUGGCGUCGGUCCUUACUUUCCGUCAAUAACACAGUCCGCGCUAAGACGUCGCUUCCGUACCCGGUUCCUGCGGAGGGACUUGCAAAGCCACGGCACCUCCGAGUGGUCCGCCUAGAUUCCCUCUACCUUACUUGCCGUGCUGGGCUACGGCAGGUCUACUCAAAUCGGUGCGCUGCUAAGGUGCCCGCCUCGUGCAUUGCCUCUGUGCCUGAAGUGUGCGAGCGUGAGUGCGCGUGCUCGUGAGUGGGCGUAGGACGUGAGACCCCAGGUGAAGGCGUCGAUCGGACGAGGACUGCCAUCCGGCCAAAGCCAUGCGCGAGGACGACUUCGAGGUAGCCCUGAAGGUGGUCGUGGUGGGCAACGGAGCCGUGGGCAAGUCCAGCCUCAUCCAGCGCUACUGCAAGGGCGUCUUCACGGCCGAGUACAAGAAGACCAUCGGCGUCGACUUCCUGGAGCGCCAGCUGAGCAUCCGCGGUGAGGACGUGCGUCUAAUGCUCUGGGACACGGCGGGCCAGGAGGAGUUCGACGCCAUCACCAAGGCCUACUACCGAGGAGCACAGGGAUGCGUUCUCGCAUUCUCCACCACGGACAGGGAGUCGUUCAGGGCGAUCGAGUCGUGGAGGAAAAAGGUGGAACACGAAUGCGGCUCCAUACCAAUGGUGCUGGUGCAGAACAAGAUUGAUCUCAUGGACAGGGCCACAGUGUCCAAGGAGGAGUCAGAGGAGCUUGCCAGGAGAAUGCAGCUCCGGCUCUACCGCACCUCGGUGAAGGAAGACUUCAACGUCAACGAAGUGUUCCGGUACCUGGCCGAGCGGUACUUAGACCAGAUGAACAACCCUGUAGACGACUACGUCCGCGGACCCCACUCCAAAGGACUGCACCCGAUGACCAACAAUCUCCGCAACGGCCACCUGCUGAAACCCUCGCAGGCUCACAGAGACGGCAACACCAUCAGCCUCCACCGGAGGCUCAGGCCGUCCAGGAAGUCGCUGCGCCGCAGCUGCUCCUUACUCUGACACGAAGCUGUGGCCCAUAACCACUCUUACCCAAAUUUUAGCCGGAGCACGUCUACGUGCAGAUGGGAACAGGCCCAGACUGUCCGUGAGGGUUCGAUUUACUAUGUCAUCCGGGGCCAUGUUUGCCAACGCUUCAGAGAUGGCGAGGGCAUGCGUCGCUGACGGAGGAAGCGCAUCGAAGGCUUCUUGGUUGGCUGCUGGUGCACUGAGAGUUGGUUUCUUGUGAGCAGUUCUCGUGUAAAGGCCCUGGAAACCAUCCCGGUAGUGGCAGGGUCCUCAACACACAAACACAUGCAUAGUCGUUGGUCCCCUUGGCCUCGACGUGGUGCUUUCCGGAUUGCGGUCAUCGCAUUGAAAGCUCGCGUUUGAGUGUCGGUGUGAGACGGACUUGUGAAGGAAGUGAGCGCCCCCCCCCCUUUUUUUUUCUCGAAGGAAAGCAUUUCUUAGAAUUCGAACGCUGUACUUGGAUCCAGCAAUGCCGAGACACCGCAUUGUAAUGAUGUCUCUGCAGGAGAGCACAUAUCGUUAGAUUAAGUCUGCCUCUAUGGCAUCCCCUUUUCUUUAAGUCGACGCCUUUGGAACAGUUUACCGCUGUAUGCUUUUUGGCGGGACAAGCGUCGAGUAAGGCUGGCAACAUUAUAUAAACAGGAAUGCCAGCACUUAUCAUUGUACAGUGGCAUUUUUGGAGUCCUUACGUGGCGGAGUCCUUAACGCAACUUUCGUCGUCGCGUACGAAGAGAAUGUACAAAGGCGCUUCCAUUGGUGUCAAUUUGAGUGGCGACAUCGAAUUGUAGUAACAUCUAAGAGGUCAUCAAGCAAAGUGCCUUAAUAAACAAUUUUCUGGCGAUUACGACAUUACGAUUACGACAUUUUCUCGCGAGUGCGGCAGCUUUCCCUAUCGCUGGUUUGUCGGGUCAACAGCUUUAGGCAUAAAAGCACAGGCGUUUAUUCAUGGAGACCUUUCCAUCAUAAGGGCAGUGAAGAGGAAUGUAAGCAGCAGCAAAAACCAACCAACAACAACAACAACAACAAAAAAAGCAUUCAGCUCUGUUUGCUGCACUAUCCUGGAGUAACCCCUUUGUAUAAACGAAGCAAAGGUCUUCUAUAUAUUUUAAGCACCGCCGCUCUGACACCAUGACUACAAAUGUGUUAAAGGAGACAGUGUCUUUAUUGUGGCUAUCGAUUUCCUAAUUUUUGCUUUAUGACAGUCGUUAAACUUUCAUCAUGAAAUUAAUUGACGUAGAAACAUAAAUAUGAAGGCUGUCAGCAAACAUCUUGUCUGCUUCAUUAAGGCCGGAAAGAAGUGUCACAUCGUAUUCCUCCGUCCUUCUACAGCGUGCCUCGAAUGUCGUGCCACAGUAACCUUGCGAUAGACAGGGUAACAGUAAACGCGUGCGCCAUUUGCAUCUUGACGGGCAGCAGAUCACAUCGCAAUGUUUGGUUUAUCGUCAUCCAUGACGGAACAGGAAUCUCCGCGCCAAAACUCUUCUGUGACAUUUGGGCGGUGUGGCGUACGUCGAGCUCUCGAUUUUAGUUUCUUCUCCAAUUCUCCCACGUUGUGAGACAGUGUUGAAUGCGUCAAAUACCAGAGAAAGCACGCGAAAUAAUGUUGACAAAGUGUCCACAGCUUUGAUCAAGAAGGGUCAGUUCGAACUCUCACCCAAGCGACAAGUAGCGGUUGGUGCAAGCGGAUAUUGCUGUUAUUUAAAAAGUUUCACGAAACGGGCGCUGUUGGCGGAGGGUUUCAAUUGCGCAUGACAAUCUAUUUCCGCUGCUGUUUUCGUCGCUUCUGGAUUGCACUGGCGUGUUGCUGAGGAGAGGCACCGUGCCACCAGAGCCUUACUCGGACGAGCCGGGCGGUUCCAGUCGUGCAAGAGGUGGCCGUCCUGUCCAAGGGGCGGUCAUACUAGAUGUUCGCGAUGUUCCACUUGAACAUUUUUUAGCAGUAGCGCGUGGUGCCACAAAUUAUGUGACCGCGUGCAACGCUAGACGCAUCUUGUUUGUGGGCUGUAGGUCAUUGGGGGCUUACAAGGGUAACCGAACAAUGCAGCGUCAAAAAACCCACAUUCAGAAUUGAUUGAGCAGGUGACAGAGAGUUUGCAAACGAACAGGGUGCUUUGGUUCGGUGUGACGAGCGACAAUAGUGCGAGCUUUACGGCUGAAAAAAUAACACGAGCGUGCCGUACUUACCGGCUGCUUUUUUUUUUUACUACGCGCCGCUUUGAAUUAUAAUAUCCCGCAGAUAUUUUUUUUUUUUUAAGAGUUGCCUUAGAGCUGUUGCUCCAGCUUGUUUUUCAGCAGUACUCUUAACACUGGGCCACUUGUCUUGACUGCGGUUAUUGCGUCCAGAAACUCGUUCGAGCACGUCAGGUAGUGGGGGCAGCAAGAUAACUGUUGCCUCCACAGAAUGUGAUGACAGGUCAUUCGCGCAUCCGUGACUUGACGCUUUGUGGAUUGUCCUCUUUCAGCGACGUUUAUUGCGUGAAAAACGUUGUUCGGACUGGAGAAACAGUCCGAAAUGUUUCAGUACCUAUUAUUGCUGGAGAAACGCACAUUUACUGUGCAUUUUAAUGAGUCCUCAGGUACUGGGAUUCUCUUUUUAACAGCUAGGGCCGCCGUUUGUACAAGGUGAAGAGGAGUGUGUUAGUAGAGUACUUUGAGUGUUAAACGCGCCAGAUGAGGAGAUGCACACUGCCUAAAGUAGCGUUUCAUAGUCCAGGUGAAGAGAGGUGUUCUCAAGUGUUACGCCAUUUUUCCACGUUCGGAAUGGUGAAAAAAAAAAAGUUUGGAUGAACCGGUGAGUUCAACGAAAUCCAUGUUUUUUAUCGCAUGUGUUUGUGUUUUUAACCGCGUGUUCUGUUAUCCCGGUCAUUUGUAAGCGGUCAACAAAUAAAAAGGCUAUUAAAUUGU